GUGAGAAUGAGGCAUCUUGUCGUCCUUGUGCUGUUAUGUCUGCCAAUUUGCUUGGCUUAUCCACUGGCUGGGGCAGUGAAGAAGGAUUCAAACAUGGAUCUUGUCCAGCAAUAUCUAGAAAAAUACUACAACCUUGCAAAUGGUAUGAAACAACUUGUGAGAAGAAAGGACAGCAUCACUGUUGGUAAAAAAAUCAAAGAAAUGCAGAAGUUCCUUGGGUUGGAGGUGACGGGGAACCUGGACUCCAAUACCCUAGAGGUGAUUCGCAAACCCAGGUGUGGAGUCCCUGACGUUGGUCACUUCGCUACCUUUCCUGGCUUGCCAAAGUGGAGGAAGACUCAUCUUACCUACCGGAUUGUGAAUUAUACACUGGAUCUGUCAAGAGAUGCUGUUGAUGCUGCCAUUGAGAAAGCUCUGAAAGUCUGGGAGGAAGUGACUCCUCUCACAUUCUCCAGGAUUUAUGAAGGAGAGGCUGACAUAAUGAUCUCUUUUGCCGUUAGAGAACAUGGAGACUUUGCCCCUUUUGAUGGACCUGGAGCCACUGUGGCUCAUGCCUAUGCACCUGGGCCAGGGAUAUAUGGAGAUGUCCACUUUGAUGAUGAUGAACAGUGGACGGAGGAUACAUCAGGGACCAAUUUAUUCCUUUCUGCUGCUCAUGAACUUGGCCAUUCCCUGGGUCUCUUUCAUUCGGACAACCCUGAAGCUUUGAUGUACCCAGUCUACAACCCACGCACAGACCUGGCCCGAUUCCGCCUUUCUCAAGAUGAUGUGAACGGCAUUCAGUCCCUCUAUGGACCUCCCCCUGCCUCCCCUGAUGAACCCAUGGUGCCCACGAAAUUCAUCCCUCCAGCACCCCAGAUGCCAUCCCUGUGCGACCCUGCCUUGUCCUUUGACGCAGUCAGCACUCUGAGGGGAGAAAUUCUGUUCUUUAAAGACAGCUAUUUUUGGCGCAAAACCCCCUGGAACCACAAACCUGAAUUUCAUUUGAUUUCUACGUUUUGGCCUGCUCUUCCAUCAGAACUGGAUGCUGCAUGUGAAAGUUAUAGCAAGGACAUGGUUUUUAUUUUUAAAGGAAGUAAGUUCUGGGCCACAAGAGGAAAUGAGAUACAAGCAGGUUAUCCAAGAGGCAUCCACACCCUGGGCUUUCCUCCAACCGUAAGGAAAAUUGAUGCAGCUCUUUCUGAUAAGGAAAAGAAGAAAACAUACUUCUUUGCAGAGGACAAAUACUGGAGAUAUGAUGAAAAUAGACAGUCCAUGGAGAAAGGAUUCCCCAGACUAAUAGCUGACGACUUCCCAGGAGUUGGGCCAAAGGUUGAUGCUGCAUUACAGGCAUUUGGAUUUUUUUAUUUCUUCAGUGGAUCAUCACAGUUUCAGUUUGACCCUAACGCCAAGAAGGUGACACAUAUAUUGAGGAGUAACAACUGGUUAAAGUGUUAG